CGAGCGGGCAACUUUCCCUUUCCUCCCUUGUCUUCUGCGCUCCUCCCCUUUGGAACGUCCAGACUGCCGCAAAAGCGGGGUUGAGUUGAAGAUCCAGAGUAACAAAAAGUGCCGGAGGAGGCCGGCUUCCAUUCCUCGACCCUCUUGAUGUGUCAAAGCUGAUCGGGAAUGAAGAGGACGCCGGCGGCUUGAACCGUUUUGAGCAGACCUCCGCUCCCGUCAACCGUGCCGUUGCUUUAAGAACAAGAGGGGCGAGCCGCCUGGGUUCAGCAAGGAGCUGGGUUCGAAACCCCGCCCCCCGGAGGCCAUCGCUGAGACAUUGGUACUUGACGCCAAGCUGGAGCACAUGGUGUGGAAGCCUUACGCCCAGGUGGUGCCGCUGCGCUCCACCACGGGCUUAGAAGUGAAGCUUGGAUCUCUGGCGCUGCUGCUGUUCGUCACCCUCUUAUGCGGGUUCCUUCCGCUGUGGGUCUUCCGUCGGCCUGGAGCUACAACAAGCUCUUCGGCAGCGACCCGGAGGAAAUGUCUAAGCCUGGUGAGCUGUUUUGCUGGUGGUGUGUUCUUAGCGACUUGUCUCCUCGACUUGAUUCCCGAUUACCUGGCCAGCAUUAAUGAGGCCCUUGACGACUUGAGGGUCACGCUCCACUUCCCCCUGCAGGAGUUCAUCCUGGCCAUGGGCUUCUUCUUGGUCCUCGUCCUGGAGCAGAUCGUCCUGGCUUUUCGGGACCCGUCAGGCUCGCUGGAAGAGACGGAGGCCCUCCUGGGCUCGGCCUCCCGGGCCUCCCCCACCAUCCAGGACCAGGGCUGGCCCGACGGGCCCCUGCAGCGCCAGCAUCCCCGGGAGGGCCCGGUCCGGGAGCCGGCCCACGUCCACGUGGAUUUCAACGCCCACUCGGCCGUCCGCACCGUGGUUCUCCUGCUGGCCCUCUCGCUGCACUCCAUCUUCGAGGGGCUGGCCGUGGGGCUGCAGGAGGGCGGCACCCAGGCCCUGGAGAUCUGCUUGGCCCUGCUGGUCCACAAAGGGGCCAUUGCCUUCAGCCUCAGCCUCAAGCUGCUCCAGGGCCGGCUGCGCCCCCGGGCCGUGGCCGCCUGCCUGGUCCUCUUCGCCGUCAUGUCCCCGUUGGGCAUCGGCCUGGGCGUGGCGCUGACGGAGAGCCCCGCCGCCGCCUUGCCCCGCCUCUCGCGCAGCGUGCUGGAAGGCCUGGCCACCGGCACCUUCGUCUACAUCACCUUCCUGGAGAUCCUGCCCCACGAACUCGGCUCCUCCGAGCAGCGCAUCCUCAAAGUCAUCGUCCUCCUGGCCGGCUUCGCCCUCAUCACCAGCAUCUUGUUCGUGAAGAUCUGAAAUACGUGUGACUGUAUAGAGGAGGGGAGGGGGGAGACACCCCCCCCCACGCACACACCUGUCCCCCGGGAGCUGGGAAGGUUGUCUCACCAGCGUGCCACUCACAGGUGAAAAGGAGACCCCCACCAUAAAACACUAUUUCAUUCCCCUUCUGUUCCCUUUCCCCAAUUUGCUGCCCUCCAGGUGCGUUGGACUACAACUCCCAUCAGGGCUAUGCAGGCUGAGGAUGAUGGUUGCUGUAGUCCAUCAGGAGGGUACCGGGUUGGGAAAAGCGGCCCGGCUGGUAUUUUUCUGCUGCCCAAUCGAUUUCCCUUCCGGAGUUCCCGUUAACGGUCCAUCCUAUGUCUUUGGGGUGGGGCAGCACCUGUUGUCCCCUGAGAAAAGCAGCCCGGUCGUUUUAGAGCUGCGUUCCGACGGCCCGCUUGGUUCAGGACCCAUCAAUCUCAGGUAUGCCUUCCCAGCUGCGGUCAAAACCCGGCCGUGUCGGGCAACGCCAGCGUCAGGUGCGAAAACCUGGUGUGGGCACACCACACCUCACACACCCUCUUGAUGCUCCAAGCUGUGAAGGACGUUUUUGGCCAGGGGUGGGGAAACGUUUCUGUGCCCCCUUGAUGGGUUCGGGAAUUAAGUAGGGCUCCAAUUUUGAACAUGGCGGCGGGCGUGAGUCUUUCUUCAUGUUUACAAAUCAAUGGGUGUUAAAUCUCGUGCGUGAAAUUUGCUUGCUGGUGCCAAAAUGUCAGCGGGGCUUCUCCAACCAGCGUCUUGGAGGGCAGGCUUCAUGCCUUAUCUCCUCUGGUGCCUUGGAUAUUUUUAAAGGGCUCAGAGCCACGUGUGUUUGUGUGUGUGUGUGUGCGUGUGUGUAGGAUGGAUAGCUCGAGGGAACGCAUCUCCAGUACAAAUGCUUCUAGAGUUAGGAUCCUUCCUUCUUGACUGACCUGGCUCUUCGUACGUGCCGGGGGCCUUCUCAUUUCCUGGUGUGUUGACUUUUUCCGUGUGAAGUGCCAAGUAGCUCCUCCUCCGUGUGUGGGCAUUGGUUUGGGGGGGGGGGCUCCCGUGGAGUUCGAAAAGUGUGUUUGCACGGGGUUCACUCGGCGCCGAGUGCGAAACGGCUGCCGCUGAUCAAGCGGUGCAGGUAGAGCUGUUGCCGUGGGCUUGAUUCCGUGUGUCGCCUGAGAGACGUGUAGAUGUUGAGUGAUGCAUCGAUCGGCUCAAAGCCUGGAAGAAAAGAGUGGGUGGCCCUUGGAUCGGUCGUGCCUUAAGACAGAGAGAAACGUUGGGAAGGCAUCUUUCAUUGAACCGACAUCUGUUACAGAAAUGAAAUGAUUGAGUUGCACAAAACAUGUUUUGAGCCUUUUCCGUUCAUGGAAGACUCAACUCACGGGCCUGGUGUAGGCAUAACGUUUAACUAUAGUUAGUACUAACCACAGUUUUGUUGUCUUAGCCAGGGUUAUGUUUCUCUCCCUCACACCCCAACAACUUACAGUGAAACCACGGUUUAGCUUCCUUGACAAAGGAAAAUAAAGGCACAACCUCUUUUUGCUUUGCAAGCAAGGUAGCUGGAGGAAUGGAAAAACUGCUUCCACCAUGGCUUGUCAGUCCAGACGCAGCACUUAACCAUGGUUUAGGCAAGCCAAGUUUUACACUCUCAUCAAACAGUGGGUUGUAUCCUGGUUUUCGAUCAUGGUUUACACCAGCCUUCCCAAGCCAGGUUCUGUCAGUUCCAGCAUCCUCAGCCUUAACUAUGGUUUACGCCAGACCUGCUUUGCACAUCUACUUCAACCAUGGUUUGACACCAGGUUUGUAGCCAACUCUGGUUUGGGUCUGUCUUCCCAAACUCAGUGCUUUAACUCUCAUCAGCUCUAGCCAGUGAGGAGGGGUCUCUCCCCUCCCCCUGCCACGUGAGAUGGUUUAACAAUUAUUGGAUUGAACCUGGUAUUUUUUGCAUGCAAAGCUGACCUAAGUGUUACUAUUUAAGUAUUAGGUCUGCAGCCUUCCGGGGCUGGUUUCCACUGUGGAUUGCAAAACAAUAGUGGCAUAAAGGCCCCACAUUUUAAAGCUAUUUAGACCAUGGUUGUGGUUUGCUGCUGAAAUUUGUCAGUAAACUGCCAAUUUUGCCGCUUAGGGCUAGCAGGGCAUGUAGGCAGGCUGUGAACUGCUCACCUCUGCCCCAGCACAACCGACACACGUUCAACCAGCGAUCGUGCCAAUUUUCUCAGGUCUCCGCUUGCGUUUAAUUUUACAGAAUAUUGUAAAUGCCCCAAGACCUGGGCCAUUCUGGAUGGUGCCUCCGUCACCGCAGAGGGCAUUGGCUACACAUUAGGCCGUCCAAUAUGACCAGGCAAAGUGGUUUUGAACGUUGGGUUUCGAUAGUAGUUGAUUAGAAAACAGAUUUUGUUCCUAUAGACCCGUUUCCUGCCUUGGGCUGGCUAGCGGGGCGUAAGACGCCCCCGACAAGUGAUUUUCGCGCGCUUGUUGGGUGGAAAAUACUCGGUAAACAGGGGUAAGUGGGCGGGCGGGAAACGAAAGUAGCUCUUCACCAGACCUUUAUGUUUGCUGGCAUAUAAUUUCUUGACGCAGAUCUGUGGUUGCUUUCAUUAAAUAUUUCUCCCUUCUGGGCAUCCUUUUCACACGGGCUUGGCAGAAUCUGUGAACAUUGCGGAAGAUUUGGAGGGGGGGGGCGGGGAAAUGGCGUAAAACCACGGGUAGGCAAUCUGGUGACCUCCAGACGGUUUGGAUUACGGCACCCGCAAUUCCUGACCCUGGAUGGGGCUGAUGGGACUUGUAGUCCACUACAUCGGGAAGGUGCCAGAUUGCUUUACCGACCCGGCGCCCGUUUGCCAUCCCGCCUGAGAACGUGCCCUCCUCUCCCCUGUGGCUGCUUGUUUCCAUGGGGGAAAGUGGGCUUCCGCUUAAGAAAUCCCUAAGAACUGUCUUAGGGUGCAAUCCUAUGCAUGUUUAGACAGGAAAAAGCCCUGCAACCGUGUCUUGUAGGCCUUUUUUCCUGUCUAAACAUGCAUAGGAUUGCGGCUUAAGGAACGCAGAGGGUUUGCUAGAAAGAACGCUGGUUUUGGAAAACAGUGACACAUAGGUGAUGUUUAGAAUACGUUGUGAGCUUGAUCGUCCGGUGGAUGUGACCUUUCCCAGCCUGCCGGGGGAUCCUGGGAGUUGUAGUCUCAACACAUCCGGAGGGCCCCAGGCUGGAGGGAAGUCAGGGAAGAACAAGGCAGGGUUUGUGGUGGAUCUGGAGUGUUUUCUUUUGCCUUCUGCGGUUCCCGCUUUGCAGAUCUGUUGUUCUCUGUUUGGCAUGCCCUUUUAUAGCGUGCCUUUGGGGGUUUUCUUUCGACAUGACGGGAUGGAGGGGGGAGGACAGGCGAGCCAUCGGCCGGCACAAAGCGGUUUGCCUUCGCACGGAAAGGGAGCCUUCCGCGUAACGUGCCCAGCACAUGCCUUUCUCGCUCCACAGAAACAUGAUUGUGCCAAAUUGCUAAUGGGAUGGAAACGAAGCAGCCAAAUAAACAGCUUUGACUCCA